GCAGCACAUACAUAUCCAGUUGCCACGGUUCAUGCUUUGACCAACUCUCUCUCUCUCUAUUUUAUUGCAGGCUUUAUCCAUUCCUUCACUUUCUUUGCUACCCCAUGUGCUAAAAAGCAAAUUCUCUUUUACUUACCCUUCCUUUCUGUUCCUUGCACUUCUCAAAUCAUACAUUUUGGCUUUUACUUUAGUUGUAUUGUAUCAGCAUUGAAUUAACAAGUAAAGCAAAUCUCACUUUUUCUCUCUAUCUUUCCUCUUCUGGUGUUCAUUCUAAAGAAAUAUAUAGACUCGAAUGGAAAAUGAAGAGUUUUGGAGCUGAUUUUGAAGAAUUUUGGCUAUGAUCUUUUCAAGCACAUGAAUUUAUAAAAGAUCAGAUUUCAGGAAACAAGCUCAGAUAAUUUGCUGCUGCUGCCAUGAAGGAGUUUCCUUCUUGUUUUGGAGAAAAUGGUGUUCGGGUUGUAGAUUCCUCCUAUUCAAGCACCACAAGGGGAGCACAAAAUGCUGUUACUUGUGUCUAUCAGUGCAAGUUAGGAGGUCGUUCAUGCUUGAUCACUGUCUCUUGGACCAAAAAUUUGAUGGGACAAGGCUUGAGUGUGGGAAUAGAUGAAUUAGGCAAUCAUUGCCUCUGCAAAGUUGACAUAAAGCCAUGGUUGUUCUCAAAAAGGAAAGGGUCAAAGAAUUUGGAGGUUGAGUCUAAUAAAAUUGAUAUACUUUGGGACUUGAGCUGUGCUAAAUUUGGUUCUGGGCCAGAACCAUUGGAGGGUUUUUACUUAGUUGUUGUGUUCAAUCAAGAGAUGGUGUUACUCCUAGGGGAUCUGAAAAAGGAGGCAUGCAAGAAGAUUGAUAGUGACUAUGCUUGUGCUGAUCACUCUGAAGCCGUUUUUAUUGCAAAGAGAGAGCACAUUUUUGGCAAGAAGUUUUAUGGUGCAAAGGCUCAGUUUUGUGACAAGGGUCAGGUGCAUGAUGUGAGGAUUGAGUGUGACACACUAGGGCUUAAUGAUCCAUGUCUUGUGAUUAGAAUUGAUAGCAAGACAGUGAUGCAGGUGAAGCAACUCAAGUGGAAGUUUAGGGGAAAUCACACCAUUUUGGUGGAUGGAAUACCCGUGGAAGUGUUUUGGGAUGUACAUAAUUGGCUAUUUGGAAAUGCUAUGGGAGAUGCAGUUUUUAUGUUCCAAACUUGCAUUUCAACUGAGAAGCUGUGGUCAAGUAGCCAAUCAUCUGUUUCUGAUCCUUCUGUUCUCACAUGGGCUUAUUCUCAGCAGUUCAGGGAUUCACAGUUGCAAGGUAAAGAACAUCUCCAAAGAAGGAAACUUAAAUUUGGUGGAUAUCCCCCUUCUUUCGUGUACAAAUUGUGAAUAAGCUAUAGACCGAAGCUUAUGUAAAGAAAACUGCUGCUGAAUUCUGACAGAACAAUAUUUUCACAGAUUCAAGGAACAAUUUUCAAAGUCAAUUCAACCAAACCAAAGCAUAAGUUAAUACACAUGCGACCACAACCAGGGUGUGAAGAAAAGGUCAAAUAUUUAUUAUACAGCGUUAUUUGUCAAGACUUGUACAUCACCCUAUGAUCUCCAGGCCAAUUGGCAGUAACAUAACAUGAAUGAAGCCUCAAGGAGUACUAUUCAGUAAUUGAAUAUGAAAA